AUGUCUGCCAACAACACUCCAGGUUUUCAGAUAGAGUGGAUUGGCCCAAUUCAUGAUACAGGGUUGGCGGCCUAUUUCUUUCAACAGCCCAUGGAUCAAGUGAUUGUGUCUGGUCAAUCAGUGACAUUGGCAUGCGUGAUCAUGGGCUACCAUGGCAUGGUUCAGUGGACCAAGGACGGACUGGCCUUAGGAGGAGAGAGAGACUUACCUGGCUGGUCCCGCUAUUCUAUUGUAGGAGACGCCUCUGCUGGUCAGCACAACUUGCGCAUUGACUAUGCUGAACUAGACGACGAUGCUGUUUACGAGUGCCAAGCCACACAAGCUGCACUGCGCUCCCAACGAGCCAAACUUACUGUGCUUAUUCCCCCCAACGACCCUGAGAUCCACAAUGGUCCCAUCGUCCAUGUCAUAUCCAACAUUCCCUACAACCUUUCAUGCCGCGCAGCUGGAGCCAAGCCAGCAGCUGAAAUCACCUGGUAUCGCGAUGGGCAGAGGCAAGAGUCAGCCAUUUACUCCAAGUCCCUGAUGGAUGAUGGUAGGCGGGAAGUGGCUGUCAGCACCCUCCUCUUAAUCCCAAGCAGCCGAGAUGUGGGCAGCUCCUUCACCUGUCGCGUCAGCAACCCUGCAGCCCCUGCUGGCAAGCAGACCUCAGUCACCCUUAAUGUGCAAUAUCCACCAGUUGUAAUCUUGUCGGUACAGCCACAAACUGUGCCUGAGGGUGGCAAAGUCAAUUUUCUGUGCACCGCAACCUCCAAUCCCGAAGUGACAGGUUACCGGUGGGCUAAAGGAGGUGUCCCCAUCCCAGAUGCCAACAGUGACAGCUAUGAGGCCACGGUCGACCAGUCGUUCUUCACAGAGCCUGUGUCGUGUGAGGUGUCCAACGCUGUAGGCAGCACCAAUGUUAGCACUCUGGUGGACGUCCAUUUUGGACCUCACCUUGUCUCCCAGCCCAAGCCCCUGACAGUUGACAUUGGCUCAGAUGCCUCUUUUACCUGCACCUGGACGGGGAACCCGCCUCUUACCUUGGCCUGGACAAAGAAAGGAUCCAGUGUGGUGCUGAGUAACGGCAACACGCUGCAUCUCAAGGCAGUGACGCAGGAGGACGCCGGCAUUUACGUGUGCAAAGCCAUCGUGCCCCGCAUUGGAGUGGCUGAGAAAGAGGUGGCCCUGGCUGUGAAUGGUCCACCCAUUAUCAGCGCUGAACCAAGCCAGCAGACAGCAGUGGGGGCCAAGGCCCGGCUGGAGUGCUUGGUGGAAAGCGUCCCACGCCCCGACAGGAUCAACAAGAUGAGGGGCCAAUGCCGAGAAGGUCCUGUCACUAGUGUCAGCAGUGAUUCAGAUCUUCACAUCAUACCAGCCAAAGAACCGGCAUGGGCAUGGGGCGAACGGAUGCUGGAUGCUGGCUCACUGGAUCGUUUCACAGUGGACACCGUAGUGACCGAGCAAGGGGUGCUCUCAGCUCUGCUGAUCGACCCAACCCACGAUGACGACUUUGCGCUUCCUUACAACUGCACGGCCUGGAACCGCUUUGGCGCACGCUCUGUUGCAGUCAGCUUACGUCGCCAAGGUGCGUCUCCUCCUUUUGCUGGACAAAGUUUGGGCAUGGCUGCCUGGGCUCAGUAGCUUGCUGUAGCUAAUUGGCUGGGUUUGUGCAACAUACAAUCAGUCUUCAUGGCACAGAGCUGGGUAAUUUGCAGGACUGCCUAUCUCCAAUCAAUUCUGCCUGUCCCACAAGAUCCAGAAGGAGGGGCAUGCUCCAAGGUCCCUCUGUAGAGCAUGACAUCUGAUGGGACCCAGGAAGCGUGCCUUCUUCAUUGCAGUUCCUGCUGCGUGGAACAGCAUUCCUCCUGAGGUUCAGAUGGUCCCAACUCUCUGGCCUUUUGCAAGGCCGUGAAAACCCGGCUCUUCCCCCAGGCAGUGAGCCAGGAUGUUAUAGAUGAGCCCCGUCUGAAAGGAUUAAGAUUGUGUUUGGCCUCAGAUGUAUUUUGGUACUUAUUGUUGUUUUUAUUGGGGGUUAUUGGUU